GAUCUGCUUACAGCCUGAUGAUAAGUGACAGGUUGAGAUAGCCGUUGUGAGGGCUAGAUGGUCACUUCAGCACCUGAGAUGACAGUGGAAGGGAGCUUUCACAGUAGGAAUAGGAAAGGGAAAGUGGGAGGGUGAGAUGGUAAGCAGGAUUUGGAGUUUUGCCCUCCAAGUUGACCCCUCUGUCUCUCUCUCUCUCUCACCUCAUCAUGAUCUGAAACCACAUUUAUUUAUUUCUCUCUCCCAUCUUCAUGUUUCAUCUCUAUUCCCCAGCUUUUCUUUGAAUGCUCACCCUGUACUACUUACUGUCUCGCUUUUUACUCCUUUCCUUUUCUCGUCGGUUCACCCUCCCAUGAUCAUCGAUCCCUCUUCCCAAUUUCAGGAAUCCUCCUGCCCCUAGAUAGUUAUUAUGAUUCUUUCUUCCUAGCCCAGCCAAAACUGCAGCAGCCUUCAGCUAUUCUGCCUGAGACCGAGAGGUCUUUUUCCUCAGUCCAACCUUUCAAAGAUUGGAUCUUUGCUGGUCAUUCUUUGGUUGUUCGGUUUUUCUUCGAUGUCGGAGGCCUCAGCCGUUUGAUUCUCCUGUGUUGAUGGCGCUCUAGCUGCAUUUCGGCGUUGAAGGAUCCUAUUUCUUACUUGUUGAUUGAAAGAUUACAAAGAUCGGACGACCAAAAGAGACUGAACUCUUUCUUGUUGUAAACAUUGUUAACAUUGUGGAUUACUUUCACAAUGGCAUCAAACUGCAAGUGAUUUUGGAAUAACCACUAAUCUCGUGGUCUGCCAAUUCCAGAUCGAGGAUGUCAUCUGAUAGCUCAUUGCACGCAGAAUUAACACAAAAGACGCCAGUUUUGGGUCUGAGACUUUGGGUUAUCAUUGGCAUUUGCAUUGGUGUUUUGAUCGUCUUCAUUCUCUCCAUCUUGUCCAUAUGGGUGGCAUCCAAGAGAAAGACAAAGAGGUCUUUUGACACCUUGCCGAUCUCACAAAUACCAAAUGUCUCAAAGGAAAUCACGGUCGACAGAGUUGGUAAACAGUCCGUUGCUCAAACUCUUCAGGACAGGGAAGGUCCUUUCUUCCUCCCGCAAGACAAAUUCAGUGAUAUGGAUUCGGGAAAGACACUUGCACAAUUGACCAUGAGCAAGUCGAGUGAUGCGGAUAACAUGAGUCAGUCAAGCUCAAUAUACCACAAUGACAGGGCUGGGAGUUCAUAUUCUGGUGAUGAAGGAAGCUCAGGACUGACUAGGAAAACUUAUUCCGGAUAUGCACUCGUUUCUGCAUCUCCUUUAGUUGGACUACCAGAGUCCUCACAUCUAGGAUGGGGUCACUGGUUUACUCUAAGGGAUCUUGAGCUUGCUACAAAUCGUUUCUCCAAAGAGAAUGUUCUUGGGGAGGGUGGAUAUGGAGUUGUUUAUCGGGGCCGUUUAAUAAAUGGAUCUGAGGUUGCUGUCAAGAAACUUCUAAACAAUCUGGGGCAGGCAGAGAAGGAGUUCAGAGUGGAAGUAGAAGCCAUUGGUCAUGUUCGACACAAGAAUCUAGUGAGGCUUUUGGGAUAUUGUAUUGAAGGAAUUCAUAGGAUGCUUGUGUAUGAGUAUGUUAAUAAUGGCAAUUUAGAGCAGUGGCUACAUGGAGCCAUGCAUCAACAUGCUGUACUCAGUUGGGAGAAUCGCAUGAAGAUUAUCCUUGGCACGGCUAAGGCGCUUGCAUAUCUACACGAAGCAAUUGAACCAAAAGUUGUGCAUCGAGAUAUCAAAUCAAGUAAUAUCUUGAUUGAUGAUGAAUGUAAUGCAAAGAUAUCUGAUUUUGGAUUGGCCAAGCUCCUGGGUUCGGAUAAAAGUUACGUUGCAACUAGAGUUAUGGGAACAUUUGGGUAUGUGGCUCCUGAAUAUGCUAACACUGGUCUUCUAAACGAGAAGAGUGAUGUUUAUAGCUUUGGAGUGCUGUUACUGGAGACAGUUACUGGUAGGGAUCCUGUAGAUUACAGCAGGCCAGCAAAUGAGGUGAAUUUAGUUGAGUGGCUUAAAAUGAUGGUUGGGAAUAGAAGGGCUGAAGAAGUCGUGGAUCCGAAUCUUGAGGUGAAACCAGCUAUACGAGUGCUUAAGCGCACCCUUUUGGUUGCGCUAAGAUGUGUCGACCCUGAUUCUGAUAAGAGACCCAAGAUGGGUCAGGUUGUUCGAAUGCUCGAAGCAGAUGAAGUUCCAUAUCGUGAGGACCGGAGAAACAGAAGGCACCAGGCAGGAAACAUGGAGAUAGAAUCCCGCAACUACAGUUCAAGUGAUCAAGAAACUAGUGUUGGAAUGCGAAGCUAUCAAACUUCUGAAAGGUUUUAGGUGUAAAGCAUGGUUGCAGUAUAUGCUCAUUCACUAAUCUGUCAUCAACACUUUAUGUUGCUAACUAGACCAAAUUUCUUGUUAACGAUGAUGGGAAAACUGUUCGAGAUCAAUUGAAGGACAAGUUCUGAAGGAUUAGCUAACCCCUUCCUUUUGAAAGUUAAUGAAAAGCUAGUUGAGUUAGAGUGCCUGUACAUGUAUGUAUCUAUAUCACUUUGAAAUUCUUCAUUGAACUUUAUUACAAUAUGUUGUUUUGUUCUA